AUGCACUCAAAUCGUCACACUAAUCAUCAUGAUGAUUCUGGUAAUUUAGGUUUUAUUGUCUUUACCACAGGUAUAUUUCAACUUUACUAUUUUGAAUAUACUGAGAAUCACGAGUCACCCAUUAGUAAAGUUAGACGGUUCAACAUAAAACCUCCGUGUCAGUAUUAUGCUAUUGUUGGUUCGUUUAAAGGUUUGAUAUGUCUUGAUGAUCUUAAAGAUAGAUUUUGUAUUUGUAACCCCACGACCAAAGAGUAUGUUACUCUUCCUAAACCUAAUUAUAAGAUUAAUUCUGGUCGGGAUUUCUUUACAGCAAUCGGAUUUGGCUACCUUCCCUCAACCAAUGAGUACAAAGUUGUUGUAGUAGAUAAGGUAGAGAAAGAACCCAAUUUCGUAGAGGUCUUGGAGUACACUCCUGGUAGUCAUAAUGGAUGGAGAAACAUCGAAAAAUUCAAUCAGAAAAUUGAAUAUAUUGUAUGCGGAUGGCGACAAGGUAUAUUUUCGAAUGCAGCUCUUCAUUGGAUGGACACCACAAGAAAGAUUAUAAUCUUUGAUUUGGCUGAUGAAAAGUUUGGUGAACAUCUUUCACCACCUCCUUUGCCAAGCGGUCACAUAAAACUAGGAGUUUUGGGAGGGUUUUUUGUACAGUAG